AUGGAGGGCCUCUUCUUCAACGUGGACAACGGCUAUGUCGAAGGAGUCGUUCGCGGAUACCGCAACAACCUGCUGAACUCGCAGAACUACAGCAACCUGACACAAUGCGAUACCGUGGACGACGUCAAGCUCCAGCUCGGCCCAUCCUAUGGCGACUUCCUGGCUGCUCUCCCUCCGAACCCUUCUACAUCUGCGCUGGCCGGCAAGGCCACCGAUAAGCUUGUUGCUGAGUUCCGUUAUCUCCAAGCACAGGCCAGUGGCUCGACGGCCAAGUUCAUGGAAUACCUUACCUAUGGUUACAUGAUUGAUAACAUCGCCCUCCUCAUUACCGGUACCCUCCAUGAGCGAGACACCCGAGAACUCCUGGACAGGUGUCACCCGCUCGGCUUCUUUGAAACCAUGCCAGUCCUCUGCGUAGCGACCAAUAUCGAAGAGCUGUACAACUCUGUCCUCAUCGAAACCCCUCUAGCGCCGUACUUCAAGGGCAGCCUGAGCCAUCAGGAUCUAGACGAGCUGAAUAUCGAGAUCAUCCGCAACACGCUGUACAAAAACUACCUGGAGGAUUUCUACCGGUUCAUCAACACCGAUCCGGAGCUCAAAGACUCUCCUACCUCAGAAGUCAUGUCUGAAGCCCUAGAGUUCGAGGCUGAUCGUCGAGCGAUCAACAUCACCCUGAACUCGUUCGGCACCGAACUCUCCAAAGCCGAGAGAAAGAAGCUAUAUCCAGAAUUCGGAAAACUAUACCCGGAAGGCUCUCUGAUGCUUUCUCGCGCAGAUGAUCUCGAGGGCGUCUCUCUCGCCGUGACGGUCGUGGCCGACUACAAGGCGUUCUUCGACACCGUUGGCCUAAACCAGUCCGGCUCCGGUGGCCCUGGUAGUGACGGUAGGAGCUUGGAAGACCUCUUCUACCAGAGAGAGAUGGAGCUGUUGAAGCUGGCAUUUACUCGCCAAUUCACUCCUGCUAUAAUAUACGCUUGGGUGAAGCUACGGGAGCAGGAAAUUCGCAACAUCACUUGGAUCGCGGAGUGUAUUGCCCAGAACCAGAAAGACAGGAUAGGGAACUAUAUAAGUGUGCUUUAG